AAGAAAUGUCGGGAGAACAGCAUGAUGGGAUAUGAGAGUCCUCCGGCGGCGCGUUGCCGCCAUGUCACCUAGAGAGAAACAUUUAGCGCUUCUUUCUGCUCUAGGCGUAGUUAGUCUGGCUUUUUAUUAUAUUCCUACUUUUCUUUACGCGACUUUAAUUCUCGCAGGUUGUUGUUUUGCUUGUUAUUAUCACAGCGGAGAACCUCCCACCGCUAGAUUAGGCCAGAAUCCACGAGCUGGCCUGAACCUUCCAGCCGUGCUCCGGCGCUUGUUUUGGGGUUGGGGGGUGACCGGCGUGUCGGUACCCGCACGGAGGAAAACGAAGAGCAGCAGUAACAGAAACGAGCACCGGGAGCCAGAAGGACACUUUAGACAAAGAUUCGGUGAAACUGGGAUUUAUCGAAGGGACGCGUUAGCAAGUGACUCGUUUCUUUUCAGCCCCCGGGAUUUCCUCAUGGGGAGCUACAUCGGGAAACCCGAAAGUCCGGCCGCCGACUCCGGGAGGCCGAGACCCGUGAGAAACCCCCGAGAACAACUACGGGAGAAACUGUCCAGACCCAACCAUGCCGUCUAUACCCCGAACAGGAGGCUUUCAUUUGCUGGGGAGCCACCGGGCACAAUGGGCAGGUUCACCAUCACCCCCCAGCGCCACUACCCCCUGCAGCAGCCGGGCGUCUCGUCCGUGGGAGUGCUGCCUCCCGUGAAGUGGGACGGCUUCAGAAAGAAAAACAUCCUCAGCCCUCGAAAUUCCCCGGCCGCCCUCAGCCCCGUCACAGUCAAGAUCGCCAGGCCCGACUACAGCAGCCCCAGCUUUGACCAUCUGAGCUGCACCAGUUUUGCCAGGGCGCCUGCAGACCCCUGCUCCAGAGAAAGUGUCCUCCGGGUGUUGAAGGAAAGCCGCAAGAGAGAAGUGGAGGACGAGGACAGGAGCUUCACAACUGAGCAGAAAAGCAAAAGAAGGCGUAACGACAGCGGCGGAAGCGCGCACUCCGCCUUCGAGCGUCUUUUACCCAAUGGGACACCGUCACAGCUUGUUCCUAAGCCUGGAAGCCUGAAAAGAGGGAUGAUCUCAGUGGCGGAGGAGUCCUUCAUGAAGAGGUCUCGCACGUCCUCCAUCAGCUCUGGCUGUGUGGUUCAUUCCCCAAGAGGAACUCCAGGCACCAGGAGGAAUGCUAUCCAAAGCUCCUACAGCUCUUCCCAAGGCCUCAGCCAGUGGAAGAAACCAUCCGCACCCAGCUCCCCUCUUUCCAGCCCCGGAUCAUCUCGCUCUCAGACUCCAGAGGGAGCCGCCAAAAGACCCAGAGAGGACGACGGGCAGUCUCCCAGCUCAGCAUCCUCAGUGAGGUCAGAUCAUACAGCCUCUGACAAGGCACCUGUUACUUCAAAGCUGACUCCAGCCCCCAAGGCCCCGGCCCCUACCUCAUCCUACUCCAGCGGUAGUGGGGGGAAAAGAAAACGAAAGAUCCAGCUGGUGUCCAGCCACAGAGACGACCAGAUCUCUCUGCCUCCUCCUCCUGAGCUGGGCUACACCAUCACUGCGAAAGAUCUGGAUGAGGAGAAGAAGGCUGCUAUCAGUAAGAUCCAGAAGGUCCUGGAGACACCUGCUCCAGAGCCAGAGAAUCCUGCGCCUCCCCCAGUCACCACUUCCACCCAGCCAGCCUCCUCCACCAUCUCUGCCACCACCACCACCACCCUGGGCAGCCUCCUGGCAGCUCCCCUGCCUACAUCCUCCAGCUCUACCGUGCCAGUCAUCAACCUGGAUCCCAGCCCAGGCAGCAGCGGCAGUGCAACACCUGCAGCCUCCAACCCACUGCUGGAGGCUCUAAGGAUGAAGAUUACUACUCCUACUAGCUCCACGUCAGCUGCUAGUGCAACCACAGCGUCUGCGUCAACCACACCUGUACAGUUCAGUGGCUCAAACUUAAAGACACUGACUACGGUGAAUUCCCCGAAGCUCCCUCCUCCCUACCAGCCUCCGGCCUCCUCUGCUAGUGCGGAGCUGCCCUCUGCCUUCACCCAGGUCCUGAACCAGGUCUCCAAGGCUCCCAGCAGCACGCCGCCUGUAACGGGAGCAGGCCUGUUCGGGCUGGCCGGCCAGACCAGCGCCCCUUCAGCCACUUCAGCCUCUAACCCAGUCACUGCAGCUGCCGCCGCUGCCAGCGGCUCCCAGUCAGCCAGUAACAGCAACCCUCUGCUGGCUUCAGGGUUCAAGCCCAUCUUUGCUGUCAGCACCUCCUCAGCUACAACUGCUUCAGAAAGCAAACCCCCGGUCCCGAGUUUCAAGCCCAUCUUCGGAGACGCCUCUGCAGGGGCUGGCUUUGGACAGUCGUCACCCCUCACAGCUACCAACCCCGCUUCUACAGCUCCUUCAAGUAGCACAUCUUCGAUGUUUGGUGUUUCAACGAGCAGCACCACAGCAGCCGCAUCCGUUUUCCCCGGCUUGACCAACACCCCCACUGGCCCAGCCUCCACGGGCUCCAUCACCACUACACAGACCGCAGCCCCGCCAGCUGUGAAAUCCCUCUUCGGAAACUGGUCCAAACCAUCCACAACGAGUACCAGCUCCACGGCCUCGGCUCAAGCCCCUAACAUGGGGACCACGUUUCAGUUUGGAGCUGCUGCCACCACAGCUUCAGCAGCUGCCCCACCUCCUGCUGCUGCUGCUGCUGCUGCUGUUACCACGGCCCCCAACAAGGGCACCUUCACGUUUGGCGGCGCACAGCCGGACCCUCAAGCCGCCGGCCAGAAGAGCUUUAACUUCGGCCAGGCGGCACCCAACCAGAACACGACGUCUGCUUCGUUCGGAGGCUUCGCCAUGGCCAACACGGCCUCCACCACCGCUGCCUCCACCACCCAGUCGGCCAACUUUUUUGGAAAGCCGACAUUUGAGGCAGCAGCUGCUCAGCCAAACUUUGGCUCGUCAGCGGCGACGCCCAAGCCGUUCAAUUUUGGAAGCGGUAGUGCAGCACCCGCCGCUGCUGCAGCUGCUGCUGCUGCUGCCGCCGCUGCUGCCGCCUCCAACCCCACCCCGGCCCCUUUCACUUUUGGGGCAGCCGCCGUCACGACGGCAGCCACGUUCGGGACCCCAGCGAAACCGACGUUCGGAGCCGGCAACGCUGGUUUUGCUUUCGGCGGCACCGCUGCUCCCUCAGCUGCUCCCUCAGCUCCACCGAGCUUCGGUGCAGCGACCCAGACUCAGAGCUCCUCCUCAGGCACCUUCGCGUUCGGGAGCGCUGCUCCUCAGCCGGCCGCCUCGGGCCCCGCUCAGCCAGCGUCCGGUGGAUUUAACUUCGGUGCUGCUAUGCCGUGCCCCCAGUUCGGAACGCCGGUUUCCAAUAAUCCCGCACCGCAAAUGGGAAGCUUCAACUUUGGGGCUGCUGCUGCUACAGACAAACCAGCUUUUGGGAUGUCUACUCCAUCCUUCAGCCAGGGUGCUGCUGCUGCUGCAGGUCCAAUUCCCUUCGGAAGUCCUGGAACUCCGGCCCAAGGCUUCAACGCUGUUCCAUUUGGUUCUCCAGCGACUGCCUCCUUCUCAAUCGGAGCCGGAUCGAAGCCGACCGGGGCUCGUCAGAGGCUUCAGGCCCGACGGCCGCACAACAGGAAGAAAUAACCUGCUGCACGCACCCAACACCGCUUUCAGAGGACUCCAGCUGUUGCCGCCAGGUCGGCCUGGCGAACUUUGCUCUGUUCUAAGCCCAACAUCCCCGAAUCAGGCCGCCACCAUGCCCUCUGCUUCCCCCUCCCCCUUCCUCCUCCUCCUCCUCCUCCUCCUCCUCCUCCUCCUCAAAGUGGGUUGUGCUGGCCCAAAGCGUUGUGUGUUUGCAGAGGAGUUAGAAAGAGCACACCAGCUUGCUGAGUUCAUGCUGCCUGGAUGACUACAUGGCCCAGUGAGGGAAUGUAGCAGCAAAGGAGAAAGAGGCCGAUGUAACGAUGUACUGUACUUGAAUAGAGAGGAAAGACGAUUUGAAUAGUUUGAACAAAAGCAUAUCCAAAGUUCUGUUUCCUUUUUUCAGCGUGUGGACACUCCCAUUGGUUCGUCUUAAGGAGAAAGCUGAGCCAGUGAAAAGACACGAGAAGAAGUCUCAGCUCAAACAUUUAUUUUUUUACGUGAAGUGCUCACUUCUGGUUUGUAUGUUACCGAGUGUUUGAGUACGUUCUCUGAAUGAGUCCACGCGGGAGGGGGGGGGGUGAAAAUGCACAGGCGGGUUCGGAUGAGGUACACAAACUACAGCGUAAAUGUGAAGUGAUGAGACGUUUGCAUUUAAAUUAUUUUUUUAAUUGGCUCUCUGACCCUGUAAAUGAAUGUGUGUGUUUCUCUGCACUUAAAGGGCAACCUAGUCAAUGUCUUAAUGUAGUGUGUGCAGACCCUGGUGUUCAUGUUUCAUACUCUUUUUGUCAUCGCGAGCAUUCCCAGAGUCCUCCUGUGGAUGGCUUUUUUGUUUUUUUUUUUUGUUUUUUUUUUUAAUAGCAAUUGCCAACACUGAUGUAGUUUAGCAGGUCGGUGUGUGACUAGGAUGGCUACUCUUGACUUGUGCUGACAAACCAAAGCCAACUCUUCAGCGUCAUGCCUGCGAAAUAGAACCUGUACCAUCUUAAAAACCCUGAGAUGUGUGUGUUUGUGCCAGACUACCUCUCUCUUUUACUCCCAGGCACUGAAUCCUUGUUAAUUCACUGAGAAAAAAAAAAAAAAAAAAAAAAAAACGACGAGAUUUUACCUUCAACUACUGUCAAUACAGAUGUACCGUAGUAAAUAGAGAAGUUUUAAUUAAUUUGCAUCUUCACCCCUUAACGACGGAUCACACUGCGUUAACUCACCAUCAGAUUUACUCAGAUCUGUUGAAGUAGGAAUCUUCACCGUGAUGCAGGGAUUCUUCUGUUAACUCUUUUUACUUGUACCAUCAUUUCAGCAAUUUUUUUUUUCUUUUGUUUCUUUUUUUUUUUUGUCAAGCAAACCUGGUAAUAAAUCGGUUGUCUGCUGUUUUAUCAAGAAUAACCAUCUCUUGUUGUUAAAGUGAGCAGUAUAUCUGAUGCAGUUUCUGAUGGUCAAUUUUGAAAUAAUAAAGACUGAGUUUUGGAUGUUCCAACAAGAAA